CAAAUUCCAAGCUAAGAUGUCCCUUUACUUGACAAGGCUUACGGUUUUUGUACACCAGAACGAACUGGCAGAUCAACAAUAAACUUAUCGCGCAAAGUACAAAAGUCUAUCAAGUGUUGGAACGAUUACUUUGACGACUUCGUAUUACAAUUAUAAGCUUCUUCAAAAUAUAAUUAUCCAGGCUUUAAGUUUCAUGUGCAAUAAGUUCGGACAUUCUUUUCAAGCGCCAGUGUUGGUGGGAGGAGAGUUGCGAAGAUGUUUAGUUCCGCGUUGAAAUCCUUCACUUCGAAUAUAAACUCGAACUACUCAGUAUCAUCUACCCCAAGUUCAUACUCCGGACCAUGGAAGAUAUACGAUGCGAAGAAGAAAUCAACCGGAAAGAGUGCCUCAGUCUUUGUCCUUGAUCGCAAAUCCUUAGAUGCACAUGCAGGAUCCUUGGGAAGGUCGAGUGCGUCCUCGAUGAAACGUGCGAGUGAGGAAGUAAUUGAAAGAUUAAAGAAGGAAGCUUCGUCGUUGGCAAGGCUGCGGCAUCCCAGUAUCUUGGAAUUGGUAGAGCCAGUGGAAGAAACGAGGGGUGGAGGCUUACAAUUUGCGACCGAGACUGUGACGGCUUCAUUAUCCGGUCUACUGCAGGAGAAAGACGAACAAGAAAGGGCUGGUGGUAUUGGCGGACGUACCAGUCGAUAUGUCACCGAGGAUUCGGAAGGUGGCAGACGGAGGAGAGAGGUUGAAGUAGAUGAACUGGAAAUACAAAAGGGUCUUUUACAGAUCAGCAAAGCAUUGGAGUUUUUACAUGAUAAUGCUGGUCUCGUACAUGGAAACCUGACGCCUGAUGCUGUGUUUGUGAAUGCCAAGGUGAGCUUCAUGUGCAUUUGUGUAUCGACUUUGACUGAUCAUUUAUAGUCCGACUGGAAAAUUAGUGGACUUAGCUUUUGUAGUCCGCCAGACAAUUCGACCAAAGCUUCUUCGGUGCAACCUAUUAACCUUUCAGAGGUUUUGAAUAUAGACCCUCGACUACCUCGUUCUGUUCAGAUCAACCUCGACUAUUGCUCCCCCGACUUUGUCCUAGACUCGAAUUUAAAUGUUGCAGCAGAUAUGUUUUCACUAGGCCUUCUCAUUGUCGCCCUUUAUAAUUCGCCCCAUAAUUCACCACUGGAAUCUAAUAACAGCAUUUCUGGCUACAAAAGAUUAUUUACCUCGUCUUCUACUAUACCCUCAUCCAGCAAUUCCUUCUUGUGCAAAAAAUCUUUACCAAGAGAUAUGACUGGAGAAGUACUACCGCGAUUGAUAACUAGACGUCCAGCGCAACGUAUGACCGCGAAGGAAUUCCAGCAAAGUGCCUACUUCGAUAACAUUCUGAUAUCUACCAUUCGAUUUUUGGACUCUCUACCGGCGAAGACACCUAAUGAAAAGGCCCAAUUCAUGCGUGGUUUGUUAAGGGUGUUACCCUCAUUUCCAAAAAGUGUUAUGGAGAAAAAGGUUUUACCGGCUUUGUUAGAAGAAAUGAAGGACCGAGAGUUGAUCUCAUUAAUCUUACAAAAUAUUUUCAAAAUCAUCGAAUUAUUGCCCACGGGGCGACGGCCGUUUACUGAAAAGAUUAUGCCUAGGCUCAAGGAGAUAUUUUUGAACAAUCCCAAACCUCCUGCUGAGCGUGAUGCCGCAAAGGAGGCUGGGUUGAUGGUAUUACUAGAGCAUAUUCAAGUCAUAUCUGUUAACUGCUCAGGUAAAGAAUUUAAAGACGGUAAGGUAUUUUCUACAGACUAAACCUAUUUUGUGUGCUAAUUGCAUUAGAUAUCUUGCCCAUUGUAGCAAUCUCGAUAGAUUCACCGACGCAUGCUCUUGUAGAUGCCGCAUUGCGAAGUCUGAAUGUUGUUCUACCUCUUCUUGAUUUUUCUACUAUCAAGAAUGAGCUCUUCCCAGUUAUUGCUUCGGUAUUCACGAAGACUAGCAGUCUGGGAAUCAAAGUUCGAGGUUUAGAAGCUUUUGUAGUUCUUUGUGGUGGCUCAAAUGAUCCAGCCUCUAGCAAUGACGGUCUUGACGGCAUUAGCGGGGCCAAGAAAAACACAUCAACCCCUCUCGACAAAUAUACUAUGCAGGAGAAGAUUGUACCACUAAUUCGAGCAAUCAAAACGAAAGAACCCGCUGUUGCGGUCGCUGCACUGAAUGUCCUUAGACAGAUAGGCAUUAUAGCCGAUGCGGAAUUCGUUGCCAUGGAUAUUCUUCCCAUCCUAUGGAAUAUGAGUUUGGGUCCACUACUAAAUUUACACCAAUUCCAAUCUUUCAUGGAACUUAUCAAAAGCUUAUCUGUUCGGGUCGAGUCUGAGCAAACAAAGAAGCUGCAAGAGUUGUCCGGUACCAACGGCGUAAGGGCAAACGGAACCGAUGACUUCAUGUCGUUUGGCGCCGCAUCAGCGUUUCCAUCGGCCUUGGGAUCUGAUGACCCUGAAAUGGAUUUCGAACGACUAGUUAAAGGCGGAAUUAGUGCACCGCAAUCAAGCAACCCGUUAGAUUCCGGCUGGGAUGCUAACCCGCCAAGUGCCGGUAUUCAGCAAUCUCAAUCGUCGGCACAACCCAAACCAGCUGCCUUUGCGUGGUCUACUCCAUCACCCACAGCGCCUACAUUCCCUUCUAACUCUAUUAAUAAUGUUCUUCGUACAUCACAAAACACCACAUCACGCACAGUCACACCUGAUCUAUCUAGCUUCGGUGCUCUAACACCAUCAGCUACCCAAUUCUCGCAACCCCUUCAGCCUCAAUCUAAUUACUCAAAUCCAAUACAACCUCAAUCAUCAUUUUCCCAACCUCAGUCCUCCUUCUCCCAACCUCAGUCCGUAUUCCCUCCACCUAAAUCCACCACCAUAAACUGGAACGCGGCCGCUUCGUCCUCAACGCCCAAUGCAUGGGGCUCAAACCAGACAGCCUCAUCCCUCUCGUCCAUCUCCCCACCUCCUCUCAAUCACUCUUUAUCGUCAAUGAGCAACACAACGAACUCUAUGUCUUCACUAUCCAUGAGUCAAAUGAAUCAAGCAAGACCCGCAUUAAAUAGUUCACAGAGCGCUUCCAGUUCUUUUUCGAGUUUCUCGUUGCCGCCGCCACCUAGUGCGAGCACAGGGGGAGGAAGUAAUUAUAGUGCGUUUGGGGGUGCUAGUAGUGGCGGGCAGAGGAUAGGAAUGGGAGGCAUGGGGAUGGGAAUGGGACAGCCGCGGCCAGUUGUCCAGCAGCAACAGCCGCAGCAACAACAGCAGAAGAAAAGUGGAUUGGAUGCUUAUGAGAGUUUGCUCUGAGCUGCGAAUAAUGAAAUAACAGGGUUUGAAUACGAAUAAAGUGGUGGCAUUUGGGAAACGAAGCCAAGAGAAAUGAGGUUAAUGGGACUCAAAGUCCGGAAAUGCUGAGUCAGGCGCAUGAUGCGAUUUUGGAAUGAAAUGUGUGAGGGAAAACGGAAAAUUGGAAGUCUUUGGGGCUCCGUCUGAAAAAUGGGAGCUGUUGGAGUUUCGAGUCUAAAAGUACAUAUAUACCUAGUGGGCAGGGGGAAAGUGGAUAGCCAGCGAGCGAGCGAGCGAGCGUGCGUGCAAGUUAAUGCAGCAAGUCGUAAUUAAUUAUCUUACACUUUCGAGAAAAG